AUGGCUAAGCAAUCCCUUGACGUUUCCAGCUCCAGAAGCAAAGCCAGAAAGGCCUACUUCACUGCCCCAUCUUCUAUCAGACGUAAACUUUUGUCUGCUCCAUUGUCCAAGGAGUUGCAAGAGCAAUACAAGAUCAAGGCUCUUCCAAUCAGAAAGGAGGACCAAGUCUUGGUUGUUCGCGGUUCCAAGAAGGGCCAAGAGGGUAAGGUCUCCUCUGUCUACAGAUUGAAGUUUGCUGUUCAGGUUGACAAGUUGACCAAGGAGAAGUCCAACGGUGCUUCUGUCCCAAUCAACAUUCACCCAUCCAAGCUUGUCAUCACCAAGUUGUACUUGGACAAGGACAGAAAGGCUUUGAUCGCCAGAAAGGGUGGUAACGCUGAAUAA